AUCAAGGAGCAUAUUUCAAGUCUCUGAUAUAAAAGGUGGAAGUCUUCACAAAAGCCCUGGAGGAAGGAAAGAGACAUCAAAUGUUUUCUGCACUGAAAUACAUGGUUUCCUCCUUAUUUAUAUAGAAGAAAUUUGCAAGACAGCCUGAGCAUGUUGGUGGCUUGUUGCAACCUACCACAUAACACUGUGAAGUGGGACAAUUUCCACUUCUUCUCAAGUCCAUUUUUUGGUAUCAAAAUGGCAGAGCAACUGGACCUACCAGAAAAUACAGAUAACUGGACAAAAGAAGACAUAAAUAAUUGGUUAGGAAGUCAUAAGAUUGACCAAAAGCACAGGGAAAUCUUGACGGCCCAAGAUGUGGAAGGAGCAAUCUUGAAAUUAUUAACCAAAAAAGACCUUGUUGAUAUGGGCAUAACACAUGGGCCAGCUAUCCAAAUAGUACAACUACUCAAAGAAUUUUGGAAAAUGUCCUCUGAAGAUCCUAUUCAGACAUCUAGGAAGAAAAAAGACAGUAAAAAUGUUUCUAAAAAAAAAACUUUGAUGGAAGAUGAAAAUGGAGAUACUUCAAAGCAAAAACAAAAGGACAAAGAGAAAUCAGAUAUUGCUACUGCCUCUACAAUGAGCAAAGUUGAAAAAGAUUCUAAAUCACUAAGCAAUAAGUUCAUGGAAGAUGAGACUGAUGAUACAAAGGAAAAUCAGCCAUCCACAGAACCAACAUGUAGACCAUACCCUUUUAAUGAAUUCGAUGUUCCAUAUUGUUAUAAAUUGCAUUCUAUUCUACAGCCUGAAACAGGACCACUCAAUCUCAUUGCUCCAAUACAUGGAUUCAAAGAGAAAAGAAAUACAGAAGGAACCACAGAAAAGAAUCUUGAGAUGAAAUUUAGCAAUGAGGUCUUCCGAUUUGCUUCAGCUUGCAUGAAUUCACGUACCAAUGGCACCAUUCAUUUUGGAGUCCUGGAUAAACCCCAUGGCAAAAUUGUAGGGACAAAACUCAAUACAGCAGCACUCAUUUCCCACUUCAAUCUGAUGACUGAAAAGUAUUUUGAAGAACAUCAGGUCCUACAAGCAAAGAAGUGCAUUCAACAACCAAGGUUUGUGGAAGUUUUACUGCCAAAUAGUACUCCAUCUGACAGAUUCGUUGUCGAAGUAGAUGUCAUUCUAAAACACUCUGUAUGUAGAGAUGAUUAUUUUCAGAUUAAAAUGCAAAAGUGUUCUAACAAUACAACAUGGGAACAAAGUCCAAUCUCAGUCUUUGUGCGAGAUGGGGCCAGGACUAUGAACAUUGUGAAAAAUAAAACAGAUUUCAAAGCAUUUAAAUUAGAUCUGAAAACAAUGGCAGAGUCUAGAAAAGAGGCAGAAGAAAAAUGGGGAGUAAAAACAAAUAAAAAGGAGAAUGAGGGAACAAAGCUGGUUGAACUCCUCACAGGAAACACCGACUCACUAGAGAAUUCAUACUACAACUGGUACAUUCUUGUAACAAAUAAAUGCCAUCCAAACCAAAUAAAACACUUAGAUUUCCUAAAGGAAAUUAAAUUGUUUGCUGUGUUGGAGUUUGAUCCUGAAUCUGCGAGCAAGGGGGUACUCAAAACUUACAAAGAAAGCAGAGUAGCUAAUCUUCACUUUCCAAGUGUAUAUGAAGAAGAGAAAACCACAAGUGAGAAGACUUCUCUUCUGAAUCUUUACCAGCAACCCAGCUGGAUCUUCUGCAAUGGUAGGUCAGACCUUGACAGUGAAACAUCAAGAUUUAAAUCCUUAGAUCCAAGUUCCUGGCAAAGAGAAAGGGCUUCUGAAGUCAGAAAACUGAUUUCAUUUCUUACACAUGAAGACAUACUAGAAAGAGGGAAGUUGGUGUUAUUUCUGUUACUCUCAUCUGUGGAUGACCCAAGAGACCCUCUCAUUGAGACUGUCUGUGCUUUCUACCAAGAUCUCAAAGGAAUGGAAAAUAUACUUUGCGUUUGUGUAAAUUCUCAGAUGUGUCAGAGAUGGAAAGAUCUACUUGAAGUAAGAUUAACAAAACAGCAAGAUGAAUUAACAAAUCAAUGUAUUUCUGCCUUAAGUCUUGAAGAGAUAAAUGGCACUAUUCUUAAACUAAAAUCUGUAACUCGGUCUUUAAAGAGAUUUUUGCCAUCUACUGGUUCUUCUGCUGUUCUUCUGAAAAAGGAAGAAACCAUGACUGCCCUAGAAAUUCUCUGUGAAAACAAAUGUGAGGGUACACUCUUAGAGAAGGAUAAAAAUAAAUUACUUAAAUUCGUGGCAUCAAAAGAGGCAAACUUCUAUCGAGGUGGUAAGGUAUCAUGGUGGAACUUCUACUUUUCUUCUGCAAACUAUUCGACAUCUUUUAUCAAAAGGGAUAAAUAUGAAAAACUUGAAAGAAUGAUUCAAAACUGGGCAGAUUCUUCUAAACCAAUAUGUGCCAAAAUUAUUCAUCUGUUUCAUCAUCCAGGCUGUGGGGGAACUACCUUGGCUAUGCACAUUCUCUGGGAACUAAGGAAGAAAUUCAGAUGUGCUGUGCUGAAAAACAAAACAGUGGAUUUUGCUGAAAUUGGAGAACAGGUGACCAAUUUAAUCACCUAUGGGAACAAUAAUCAUCAGGAAUACUUACCUGUACUGCUCCUUGUAGACGAUUUUGAAGAACAAGACAAUGUCCAUCUUCUGAAGACCUCUAUUGAAAAAGCUGUAGAAAAAAAGCAUAUUCGAUAUGAGAAACCUCUAGUGAUCAUCCUAAAUUGCAUGAGAUCACAGAAUCCUGAAAAAAGUGCAAAGGACACAGACAGUAUUGCCCUAAUACACCAACUCUCUCUCCAAGAACAGAGAGCUUUUGAGCGUAAGUUGGAAGAAAUUAAAGAAAAGUGUGAAAACUUCAAAGAUUUUUAUUCCUUCAUGAUCAUGAAAACCAAUUUUAACAAAAAGUACAUAGAAAAUGUGGUCAGGAAUAUCCUGAAGUAGAAUAUUUCCACCAAGGAAGCGAAGCUCUUUUCUUUUCUAGCCCUUCUUAAUUCAUAUGUGCCCGAUACCACUAUUUCCUUAUCACACUGUGAAAACUUCUUGGGGAUUGCAAACAAAAGGGCUAACUGGGGAAAAGAAAGCUUUGAAGGUAGGAUGGGCACCUACUCUACAAUUCUGAUAAAAACAGGGGGGGAAUGUAGGAAAUACAGUGGGAUACGCAUUAUUCACCCUUUGAUUGCAAUUCAAUCAUUGGAAGAAUUGAAGACAAGCUACCACUUGAAAAAAAGUCAAAUUAUGCUGGAUAUGCUAAAAGAAAAUUUGUUCUAUGAUCCUAGUAUAGCAAGAGGCAAAUUUUCCCAAGAUAUGCAAACACUGUUGCUUACAAGACAACGCAAUGAACACGAAGGUGAGACAGGAAAUUGGUUUUCCCCAUUCACUGAAGCAUUACAUGAAGAAGAAGGGAAUGCAGCAGUUAACAAUGUGUUGCUUGAAGGCAGCAGUAGAUUCAACUCAAAUGCAUUCAUUUGCCAAGCCUUGGCAAGACACUUCUACAUUAAGGAGAAGGACUUUAACAAUGCUCUGCAUUGGGCAAAUCAAGCAAAAAAGAUAGAACCUAACAAUUCUUAUAUCUCAGAUACACUGGGUCAAGUCUACAAAAGUAAAAUAAGAUGGUGGGUAGAGUAUAAUGGAAAAACCAGUAACAUUUCAGUUGAUGAUCUAACUGAUCUUUUGGAUUUGGCAGUACAUGCCUCAAAUGCACUCAAAGAAUCUCAACAGCAAAGUGAAAAUAGGCUGCAUGAAGUAUGGGAAAGCCUGUGUCAGAAGUCAAAAAGGAGGUAUGAGAUAUGCAAUACAGCUGGUUAUCAAGGGGAGAUAGAAGUUGACCUCUACACAAUCCAGAGUCUCCAGCUUAUUCCUUUUUUUGACAACAAAAAUGAACUGUCUAAAAGAAACAUGGUCAAUUUUCUAUCAGGAAGUAGUGCUAUUCUUGGGGAUCCAGACGAUGAAUUUAAAUUAGUCCUCAAAAAUUUUAUUCCUUAUCUAACUAAUUUGCAACACUCUUUGAAAAAGUCUUUUGAUUUUUUUCAUGAUUAUUUUGUCCUUCUAAAACCCAGGAACAACAAUAGGCUAAAUGAAGAGGCCAAAAUUCAGAGAAAAGUGGAUGUAUGUUUUAAGAAAUAUGAAGAUAUAUUUGGUCUUGUAGAGGAAUCACAAAACAAAGAUCUCAGAUCAAAGCUCACUUUGCCACUUCAAGUAGAGAGGUGUUGGAGGAGCCUAGAAGCUUUAAAAGCAGACAAGUUUUCUGGGCUCUUGGAAUAUCUUAUCAAAAGUCCAAAAGUUGCUAUAACAACCAUGGAAGAUAUAGUGAACAAAUAUACUUUUCUCUUUGAACAAUGCACUGAGAGAAUCCAGCCAAAGGAAAAGCAAAAUUUCAUUCUGGCCAACAUCAUUCUCUACUGUAUUAAAUCUACCUCCAAAUUAUUGAAACCAAGUAAAACACUGAAAGAUCAACUUAGGAAAGUCCUGCAACCUAUAGGACUGACUUACUGCUUUUCAGAACCCUAUUUCCUAGCUUCUCUUUUAUUCUGGCCAGAAAACCAACAACUAGAUGAAGAUUCCAAACAAAUGGAAAAAUAUGCUCACUCACUGGAAAAUUCUUUCAGGGGGCAAUAUAAACAUAUGUAUCUCUCCAAGCAACCAAUUGCGUAUUUCUUUCUUGGAAAAGGUAAAGAUAUGAACAGGCUUAUUCACAGAGGAAAAAUUAAUCAGUGCUUACCAAAGAUACCUGACAUUAAUUCCCUCUGGCAGACUGGAGAGGUAUGGAAAGAAGAAGUUCAAGAACUUUUACUUCGUUUAAAAGGCCGAGCUGAAAAUAAUCGCUUAUACAUAGAAUAUGGACUCCGUGAAAAAAUCACAAUACCCAUCACACCUGCUUUCUUUGGUCAACUUAGAAGUGGCAAAAGUAUAGAAAAAGUGUCUUUUUACCUGGGAUUUUCCACUGGAGGUCCACUUGCUUAUGAUAUUGAGAUUAUUUAAAAGCCUCAUCUUCUCCCUCCAGAAAUGUGAUCUCAGUACCAUCUUGGACAUUUUUUUAGAUCCAAGAAAUAUACAUUAAAUUGGCAAAUUUCUAGAGACAGUCCCUAUCCAUACAAUAGUUUAAGCCCUGCACAUACAAUAGUUUAAGCUCGUUAUGAGUUCUACAGAGACUACGUUAAUGGAUGAAGGAGUGAGAUUUGUGGAAAAUAGCAAAGCUCUCCCUUAGUUUGGGUCAGCUAAAAGAAUUUAUUAGGCAAUCAGGGAAAUUUGAACUCAGACUGGUAUCUGAUUAUAUUAAGGUGUUAUUCUUGAUUUUUUAGGUGAGAUAAUGAUAUUAUGUUUUAAAGAGUUCUUAUCUUUUAGAGAUACACACUAAAGUAUUUGUGAAUAAAUAAUAUGAUCUAGGUCUGCUGCAAGGUAAUCCAGGGCUGGGGUAUGGGGGUGGUAAAAGGAGAGAAGAGAAGCACUAUAGCUGCAACCAGAUUGAAUACGAGUUAAUAGUAAUUGUUGAGACUGGGUGAUGGCUACAUGAAGGUUUGUUAUACUAUUCUCUGACUGCUUUUGACUUUGCUUUUGAACAUUUUCUGUAAUAAAAUGUUUGCAAAACAAAAACAAACCAAAAAAGCAAAUUAUUUUUAUCUUCACAAUCCCAUUAGAAUUUUUUUCU